AUGGAACCACGCGCGCCACGGAGGCGUGCCUCGCGCAGGGUGGAAGUCCGAGCGGCCAUUUUAGGAGCUGGCAAGAGGGGUGGAACAGGCGCUGCCAAGCAACGGUUGACCGGUUUUAACCAAGUGACUGGUACUGCGGGGCGGGGAGACGAGGGCGGUGCCAUCCUAGGGGAUGAGGGGGGCGGGAGGGAGUUAAGAAGGGGAGGGCAGGGGAGGGGAGGGAAGGCAAGGAAAGGCUGGGGACGAAGCAUCCAGCAGAGGGACCAGAUACAGAAACAGCGGGCGGCAAAAGGGCGGGGCGAAGGCCAACGUUUAACCUCCGACGAGUAUGGGCGUGGCCAGAAGAGGCGGGGCAUAGAACAGGUUGACUUUCGGGGCAUGGACAGGAGAGAUGAGAAAAGGUGGAGGGAAAAGGUGUCGGUGGGGGCAGUGAGGAUCGCGAAGUCAGCCUGGGUGUGGGACGACGGGAGGUCUUACGGCCAUAGGGCUGUCUAUGGCAAGGAAAGACCCCUAGAUCACGAGCGAAGUCGAGGCGAAGACAAACACUGGGGCAAGGAGAGGGUUACUUAUGAGAGGGAGCACGGCGAGGAGCGACCACCUGGCGAAGACAGAUCCCGGGGCGAGGGAAGGUCGCCCGGAGUGGAGCAAUUCCGGGGUGGGGCGAGAACCCGAGCAUCAGUGAGGCCCUGCGACCAGGGAAGAUUCCUUAAGGACAAGGCGCAGGCCCGGGAAAGGGCUGGUGCGGAGUGGCGGGCGGGUGCUGAGGAGAAACCAGCGGGGCGGGAGAAGGAGAGGAAUCCGGAGCAGGAGCAGGGCCAGGUUGCCCAGAACUCGGGGAAAGGGAGAAGCCAGGACAAGGGGCGUGGCCAGGAGGGAAAGAGGGGCGAGGAACCAAUCUACGGCAAGAGACAGGGCUUGAGCCCGGACAAGGGGCGUGGCCAGGAGAGAAAGAAGAGAGAGGAACCAAUCUACCGCAAGACACAGGCCUUGAGCCCCGAUAAGGGUCGUGGCCAGGAGAGAAAGAAGAGCGAGGAAUCAACCUGCAAGACACAGGGCUUGAGCCCUGACAAGGGGCGUGGCCAGGAGAGAAAGAAGAGCCAGGAGCCGAUCUACGACAAGACACGGGGCUGGAGCCCUGACAAGGGGCGUGGCCAGGAGAGAAAGAAGAGCCAGGAGCCGAUCUACGACAAGACACAGGGUCUGAUCCAGGACAGGGGGCGUGACCAGGACAGAAAGUCCAUCGAGGAGUCGAUCUACGGCGAGAUUCAGGGUCUGAGCCAGGACAAGGGGCAUGGCCAGGAGAGAAAGUCCAACGAGAACCCGAUCCACGGCAAGACUCAGGGACUGAGCCCCGACAAGGGACGUGGCCAGGACAGAAAGCCCAGCAAGGAACCGAUCUACGACAAGACUCAGGGACUGAGCCAGGGCAGGGAGCGUAGCGUGGACGGAGGUGUGAGCAAGAACUCACAGAAGAACAAGACCAAGACUAGAAGCCGGUUCUUGAGCAGGGCAAGAGCGAAGAGAAAGGGGCGCGGCGAGGAGCAGUUUGAGGGCAGUACAGCCUUUGAGGGCGGAGCCAAGUCCACGAACAAGUCGGUGAUCUCUGAGGGGCAUAAUUCUGAGGGGCGUAAGAGUGGGGAAAAGAAGGGCUUCGGCAAGGUCCUAGCGGCGUGA